CGACAGCUAUCGUCAGCUACACUCAAUGACAUAGAGCUGCCAUAUUUUUUCCUGUAUAGGGCCUGUUAGGAGGUCAAUUAAAUUGUUGAGGUUCGAGAAGACAAAAAGGUCCGGAGAGAUGUGGCUAUGGAAGAUAUCUCGUGAUAAUCGAGCAGUGCGUGUAAUAAUAAACAAUUGAGGGGGGAGAAAAAAGAAUUCGUGGGAGAAAAACGAGAGUGCAUUGUUGUUUUUUUUCCGUCUUCCUCUUUAUCGAAGCAGGAAUUUAUCGCAGAGAACAAAAAUGUGGUGUAAAGGGGUAACAGAGGUUAACGACAAUGGAAAUGUCCAUUAUAAAUUAUAGUAAGAAACAACCUUAUCAAUAAAGAGACAUGUCAGAUUCGUCGCAGUAUCUUUACAGUCAUCCUCCUGAUAUUAUGCCCAAAGGAUUUCAGAACAUAGAUGUAGGCAUAGGAGGAAAAUUACGUCAACUCGAAGCCCUGUUCAUCGGUGCUUCUUCUCAAGGUGGACGAGUAGGUCAUACUCUUUCGAUCGAGACACUCAUUGAUGUUUUAUUUGUGUUGUACGAUGAAUGCUGCAAUUCUUCCUUACGUCGUGAAAAAACUGUUUCUGAUUUUAUUGAGUUUGCGAAACCAAUAACUUCAUGCAUAAAGAAUUUGCAAUUGACACGGGAGGACUUCGAAAUUGUUAAGGUCAUUGGCAGAGGUGCCUUUGGAGAAGUAUGCGUCGUAAGGAUGUGCGGCUCGGACAAAGUAUUUGCUAUGAAAAUUUUGAACAAAUGGGAGAUGCUGAAGCGUGCAGAAACUGCAUGCUUUAGAGAAGAAAGGGAUGUAUUGGUGUACGGUGACCGCAGAUGGAUAACAAAUCUGCACUAUGCCUUUCAAGAUGACAAUAACUUGUAUCUGGUCAUGGAUUAUUAUUGUGGUGGGGACUUAUUGACAUUAUUGAGCAAAUUUGAGGAUCGUCUCCCCGAAGACAUGGCACGAUUCUACAUAGCAGAAAUGGUGCUAGCUAUAGGUUCUAUACAUGACUUGCGCUAUGUGCAUCGUGACAUUAAACCCGACAACGUUCUAUUGGACGCGAACGGUCAUAUCAGAUUAGCUGAUUUUGGCUCUUGUUUACGACUCUUCGAGGAUGGGACGGUACAAAGUAACGUCGCAGUUGGUACUCCGGACUAUAUUUCGCCAGAGAUACUGAGGGCAAUGGAAGAUGGCCAGGGGCAAUACGGUCCUGAAUGUGAUUGGUGGUCCCUUGGAGUAUGUAUGUACGAAAUGCUUUAUGGUGAAACACCUUUUUAUGCCGAAUCCCUAGUCGAAACUUAUGGAAAGAUUAUGAAUCAUAAGAAUUGUUUUGAUUUUCCUGCGGAUCCUAUAUAUGACGUUUCUGAAGAAGCCAAAGAUUUGAUGCGGAAAUUGAUUUGCAGUUCUGAAUUUAGACUAGGUCAAAAUGGAAUUGAGGACUUUAAAAAACAUCCUUGGUUCAACGGAGUCGAUUGGGACACACUCAGAGAUAGCACUGCGCCGUACAUUCCUGAAGUUUCUUCACCCAGCGAUACGUCAAACUUCGACGUCGACGAUACUGAUGUUCGUACUUCUGAUGCCGUUCCACCAGCCGCCAAUUCUGCUUUCUCCGCGCUUCAUCUACCAUUUAUUGGUUUUAGUUUUACACAAGGAAGUUGCAUAUCGGAUCUGGGUUGUAUUUCUGCUUCGUCCCAAACGGAUAAACGCGUGCAGAUACUUGAGGAAGAGAAUGCACGAUUGAUACAAAUUAUCGACGAUUUGAAAAAUCAGUCGAGCAUAAGUCACUCUUCGCCUGGUAUCUCGCCCGAUUCCAACAACGCAACUAGAAAGCUGCAGGACGAGAUAAAUGUGCUCACAAAACGCAAUUGUGAAUUAGAAUCUCAGUUGAAGUCUAUGGACGUUCCACGCGAAUUACGAACCUUGGAUAACGGCGACAUGAUGAAGUUUCGUGAAUUGGAGAAGCUGGUACGAUGUCUACGCUCGGAGAAGGAGGAGAUCAUCAAGGACAAGCAAGACGCGCAGGAGAAGCUGAAGCUGCAGGAGAAGGAACUAAAGGACGCGCUUACGCAACGUAAACUUGCGAUGGCGGAGUACACCGAGGUUUCGGACAAGCUGUCCGAGCUUAGGCAGCAGAAGCAGAAGAUGUCGCGGCAGGUCCGAGACAAGGAGGAGGAAUUGGAGGUCGCGACAAAGGUUGACACUCUGCGCCACGAUAUACGUAAGGCGGAGAAGCUACGGCGGGAAUUGGAGAACAGGAUCGACGAGGCGAUGGCGGAGACCAGCAAGGAGAGGAAAUUACGCGAGCGCAGCGAGGAAUACUGCAAGCAGAUGCAGGAGGAGACUGAGAAGAUCAGACAGCGUUCCCUCGGGAACGACGUCAGCGCGAAUCACGCUUUGGCAACCCAGGAGAUUAACAGGUUGAAGGCGGAGGUCGAGAAACUUGAGGUUCAGUACAAUGAAAAUCUCACCCAGCAACAGGGCAGGUUCAAUCUCGAGUUGCGGAGUCUGCAGGAGCAGUUGCACGAGGCGGAGACCAGAAGGGAGCUACUGGAGAGGGAGGUGCAGCUCACGAAGGAGAAGCUGGACGCCGCGAGAUUGGAAAAUAUCACGGAUAGCGAGGAGACUAUAAGCGAACUGAACAGACGGCACGAAAGGGAGAAGAUUAUGCUAGUCGAAGAGAAUAAGAAGCUUGUGCUGGAGCUCAGCGCUCUCACCGAUAGUGUUAAUAGAUUGCAAGGCGAGAGAAGACAACUGGAGGACGAAUAUGAGGAGCUGAGGAAUAAGAAGGAAGCUAUCGCGCAGUGGGAAGCUCAAAUUACCGAAAUUAUACAAUGGGUGUCGGAUGAAAAGGAUGCUCGUGGAUACUUACAGGCUUUAGCCACAAAAAUGACGGAAGAAUUGGAAUUCUUGAAACACUCGGGUGGAAUAAGCGGCAGUGUCGGAAGUGGAACCACUUUGACCGAUAAAAAUUGGAGAAAUCGCCGGUCGCAAAAGCUCGAUAAAAUGGAACUUUUGAAUCUGCAGAGUUCCUUGCAGAGCGAAAUACAAGCGAAGCAAGCGAUUUCGGAGGAGCUCACAAAGACUCGAUCAGAUUUGAUUGCCGCGCAAAAGGAACUAAAGGACCUGAAGCAGCGGUUGGAUACCAUGUCGCAUGAAUUGAAGCGAAAAGAUAUGCAAGUAAAAGAAUUGCAAGCGCGUCUCGAUACCGGAGAUGGUUUUCUAGAACGUCCUACAUCACAGAUGUCGUAUCUUGAACACUUUCUUAAAGAGACAACAAGCACUACGCGUCAUGGAAGUGUUGACAGUGUUGAAGGUGACAUUGAGGACAAUCGUGCACCCAGUAUUACGAGCAGCAAAAGCAAUUUGUCCGAGCUUAGCAUCGAUCCAACAUCGCCAUUGUCUCACGAACUUUUGAACAAGACUUCAUCGACUCACGGUCAAACUAAUCUGCAACCAAAGCCUAAGUCACACCAGUUUCUCGUACGAACAUUCUCGGCACCCACCAAGUGCAAUCAUUGUACAUCCUUAAUGGUUGGAUUAACCAGGCAAGGAGUUGUGUGUGAAGUAUGUGGCUUCGCAUGCCAUAUGCCUUGUUGCGACAAAGUACCCCCAAUGUGUCCUGUACCCCAUGAUCAAACUAAACGACCAUUGGGGAUCGAUCCUACAAGAGGGAUAGGUACUGCGUACGAGGGAUAUGUCAAAGUGCCAAAAAUGGGUGGUGUCAAGAAGGGUUGGGUGCGUCAAUUCGUCGUAGUUUGCGACUUUAAAUUAUUUCUCUAUGAUAUUUCACCGGAUCGCAAUGCUUUGCCGUCUGUAUAUGUUUCGCAAGUAUUGGAUAUGCGAGACGAAGAAUUCAGCGUGAGCUCAGUUCGUGAUUCUGACGUGAUACACGCUACGAAGAAGGAUAUCCCGUGUAUAUUUAGGAUAACGACGUCGCUGUUGGAGCCUCCUGGAUUGAGAAAUCAUACAUUAAUGUUGGCAGAUACAGAGAGCGAGAAGACAAAAUGGGUAGUAGCUUUAAGUGAGCUUCAUAGGAUUUUAAAGAGGAAUAAUCUUCCAAACACAACGAUUUUUAGAGCGAAAGAACUAUUGGACAAUACCUUGGCAUUCAUUAAAAAUGUGAUGUCAGGAGCAAUUAUUGAUCCGGAUCGUCUAGUCAUUGGUACAGAAGAAGGUCUCUUCUGUUUAGAUUUAGAUCGUAAUGAAAUUGCAAGAGUCGGUGAAGGAAAGAAGAUAUAUCUUCUGGAGUAUGUUACUGAAGAACAAUUGAUUGUUGUAUUAAGCGGAAAGCAACGUCAUGUACGGCUGGUUCCAGUACGUGCCUUGGAUGGAGACGAAGUUGAAUGGAUCAAAGUCGCGGAAACUAAAGGAUGCAUUACAUUAACCACCGGAGUGGUGCGUCGUAAUCCGCUUAAUUAUUGCUUAUGCGUUGCAAUAAAAAAGCAGAAUGCGUCUCAAAUCAUUAUCUACGAAAUAACACGUACAAAAACGAGACACAAACGUAUACGCGAAUUAAUGUUACCGUGUCAUGCGCAAACCCUGCAAGUUCUUUCCGAAGGCCGCUUGUGCGUUGGCUAUCCAUCUGGUUUUUCUAUUUACAGCAUCUUAGGAGAUCAUCAUCCUAUUUCUUUGAUCCACGCUGAGAAUACGCUCUUAGGUUUUCUCACCUACAGCGCCGUAGAUGCGUUACGUUGCAUCGAAUUAGCACGCGGUGAAUUUUUAUUAGUCUUCCAUACAUUAGCGGUUUAUGUCGACAGUCAGGGAAGAAAAAGUCGAGACCGAGAGAUAAUGUAUCCUGCAGUUCCUACAGCAGUUAGCUAUUGCGAAGGAUAUUUAUUAGUGUAUAGCGAGACUCAUAUCGAUUUAUUUGACUGUACAUCUGGAGACUGGUUACAGACGCUUAAUGUGAAACGAGCCCGGCCACUAAAUAUUUCGGGCUCUCUUACGUCUUGCGUAAUAAAUGACAUGCCGUAUGUCAUUUAUCUUAGCAAUUUACGUCAGCGAGACCUAUUAAAUUUGAUACCAUUAGACACGAGUGGUAGACAAAUGACAAGACCACGACGACGAUUUUCACUGAGAGAAGGCAAUAGAACCGUUCGCCCUACGGAUAGACGCUCGAAAAUGAUUUCUGCACCCACAAAUUUCAAUCAUAUCAGCCAUAUGGGUCCAGGAAAUGGGAUACAGAUACAGCGUCUAUUGGAUUUACCCACGACACUUGAAACUGCUGAUCAACAACAUAUGAGCCAUCAUAGUAGUUCUCAUCUACACAGCAGUCAGCAAAGACUAUAUGACUCUACGCUUCAAACACCAAACAAACCACUGCCUCCUAGGCAUCCCCCUUCCGAUGCACGUCGCCUAAGCUCGCAUAUGUCGAGAAAUUCUGGGUAUUCGCCACACAAUGGUUCGACAACGUCACGAAGAGGUCCCGCACCACCAAGGCCAACUGCCACACCACCAUCUUUGCCGCGCACUCCAGUGGAUCAGAUUGAUUCCGAAUCGAUACACUUGCGUUCACAUACUCCACUAUCUCUUGGCAGUAUCGCAUCGUUACAUAACAAGGAGCAUCCGUCUGGUGGCAGCCCUAGACACUCGAUAGCUUCGAACAACAGCUCAAAUCCAUCGACGCCACCGAGUCCAGCCCACGAUCAUGGAUCGUCAUCGUAUGAUUCGUAGAUUUUAUCUAACACACGUACGGAAAUCUAAAUGAAAUGGUAUGUAUCUGAAAUACAUACUUGAAAAACGAUCAAUUUAGUUAUUAUACAUAUAUAUAUACAUAUACACAUAGAUAUAUAUACAUAC